AUGUGGAUACCUGGUGUUGGAUUCACAACCCAAUUUGACAUUGAAAAACCAUGGACUUCGUGUUUCCCUACCCACAGUCCAAAGGACUUCGCGACUAUAAUUUGGUCAUUCCGAUCUAGGAUGCAAAUUGUUGCCGAGAAUGCCAAUCGCAAAGACUACGAGACCAACAGGCCUGAACCUCUAGACGAGAUGCUAUUAUUUGAAUGCGCUGAGAAAAAUGACAAAGUUCGUGGAGCUAUAGCCUUAUCAAAUCUGGUCCAACUCGUCAAUUCUAUGGACCCUGAUAGCGACCCACUCACUGUGACCACCUUUUUGAAGGCCCAGGGUCUUAAGAAACUCAGCAAAUUGUUAAACCUGCCAAGGCCGAACAAAUGA